AUGAUUCAAGAAGCACAAAAAACCUUACACAACAAGUUUAAGGUUAAAGACUUAGGGAAGCUCAGAUAUUUUAUGGGAAUUGAAUUAAUGAGGUCACAAAAGGGCAUUUUACUGAAUCAAAGGAAGUAUACAUUGGAACUCAUCUCCAAUGCAGGCUUAAGUGGUGCUAAACCUGCUUCCACACCAAUGGAGUUGAAUAGCAGACUUACUACAGUAGAGUAUGAUGAAGUAGCAAACAAAGUAGAGUCUGAUGGAAUGGGAAAGAAAAUUGAUCAUCCCUUGUUGUCAGAUGUUCAUAGCUAUCAACAGCUAAUUCGGAAGCUGAUAUACUUGACUAUAACAAGACCUGACAUCUGCUUUGUAGUUCAGGCCCUCAGCCAAUUUAUGCAACAACCAAAGAAAUCACAUUGGGAAGCAGCUUUAAGAGUACUAAGAUACUUAAAGAAGGCACCAGGUCAAGGAAUCUUAUUGAAAAGAAGUCCUAUUAACAAGUUGAUUGCCUAUUGUGAUGCAGACUGGGCUGCUUGCCCAAACACAAGGAGAUCUGUAACAGGCUAUGUUAUUCAACUAGGUGAUUCUUUGAUAUCUUGGAAGUCCAAGAAGCAGCACACAGUUAGCAGAAGCAGAAUAUAG